CUAUUGAGGAAAUAAGUGCAAUUUUCAAACAGAAUGGCAUUAAAGCGUUUGUCUUCCAUGAAGACCCAGCUGGUCGAUGCCAUCCAGCUUCAGGAGGUGGAGCUGGAAGAAGAGAUCAACACCAGCAGCAGUAAUAACACACCUCCUGAAGUUCCCGAAGCUCCUGAGGCCAAAGCCCAAACAGAGCCAAAAUGCUACACCGUGGAGGAGGCUGUGGAGAGCAUCGGCUUCGGACGCUUCCAUAUAUUGCUUUUUGUUAUCAUGGGUAGUGCCAAUAUAGUGGAGGCAAUGGAGAUCAUGUUGUUGGCUGUGGUUUCUCCUGAGAUUCGCUGCGAAUGGCGUCUAGAGGAUUGGCAGGUGGCCCUUGUCUCCACGAUGGUGUUCUUUGGCUUUAUGAUUUGUGGGGUCCUCUGUGGAUAUGUUGCUGACAAAUAUGGACGUUGGAAGGUGGUGUUUGGAGGCUUUAUAUGGGCAUCGUAUUUUUCUCUGCUCACUUCAUUCUCGCCGUCUUAUGGCUGGUUUAUCUUUCUACGCUGUAUGGUGGGCUGUGGUAUCGCGGCCACAUCUCAAGCAUUUGUUUUAAAGACUGAAUUCAUCCCGGCCAAAUACAGAGCAAUUCUGCUGCCUCUUGCUUCAAUCUUCUGGAUGCUGGGGUCUAUGCUUAUUAUUAUUCUCGGUAUGACAGUGGUACCCACGAUGGGCUGGCGCUGGAUGAUCCGUUUUUCUAUCAUCCCCAGCAUCAUACUGAUUGGACUUUUCUUGGUGAGUUCAUUUAAACACAACCAGGAGGAGGCGCUGUGUUACUGUAUCCCAUUCAACAUGGCUGAUUACCAGACUCUCCUCAUCAGCUGUGUGGGCGAGGUGGCACUCAUACCGCUCAAUAUUGGCUUGUUAAAUAUAUUCGGGCGGAAGCCCAGCAUGGCCAUACUUCAGGUGUUGUCAGCCUUUUUCUUCUUGCUUGUUAAUAUUUGCACAACAAUGUUAGGUUUCACAGUACUGCUCUUCCUUCUCCGCUCUGUGGUUUCCAUGAAUUUUAAUGUGGUCUAUAUUUACACAGCAGAGGUUUAUCCCACAGCCGUGCGCUCAAUCGGAAUGGGCUUUUGCACAUCCUUCAGUCGGGUUGGCGGGAUGAUCGCACCUUUUAUUGCACAGGUGUUAAUGUCAAAGUCUGUGAUUCUGGCACUGUCACCGUUCGCCACAGCGUGUUUGAUUUGUGCGGUGGGAGUGGCAUUUUUGCCCAUUGAGACUAGAGGACGUGCAUUACUACAAGAUGCCUGAAAUACGCCUGAUGGAAAUGAAGGACUAUUGCACUUUUGUAACAAAACAUGAUGUCAUAUUAAAGCUGUAACAAGUUUUUUAUGAGUUUUAAUGUUGCUUGUGUUGUGUUCUUCAUAAAUAAUUAUGCAAAAGAUGUUGCAACCCUUUUUCCUCUGUUGGCAUAUUUUCGAUUUUAACAGUUAGUUGGAUUAGGACAACAAAGCCUGACAAAACUACGAUUUACUACUUGAUA